GAAACAAUACCGUAUAUGGCUGCAACACUCAUCCAAGUGGUGUGUAACCCUUGCAGUAUCUUCUGUUGAUAACAAUGAUGCAGGCCAGAGCGUUAUUUUUACUUAUAUCUUGCUUAUUUUUCAUCCACACUGUUGUCCAGUGCAAAAAGGAGCUAACUCUCUCAGAGCGGGUGCAACAGUUAUCAGAUGCUGGAGUCAAGAAACCUGUUUUACGUUUCAAUGGAGAUAAAUUUCGCCAAUAUGUUAAAGGAACUCCCCGUAACUACUCGAUGAUAGUUAUGUUCACUGCAUUAGCUCCCUCCAGGCAGUGUGGCAUAUGCAGACAUGCUCAUGAUGAAUUUCAACUGGUUGCAAAUUCAUGGCGUUAUUCUCAGGGUUACUCAAACAAGUUGUUCUUUGCCCUUGUAGAUUUUGAUGAAGGUCCUGAUGUUUUCCAGUCGCUUCGCUUAAACUCAGCACCAGUUUUCAUGCACUUCCCUGCCAAGGGAAAGCCUAAGAAGGUCGACACACUAGACAUUCAGAGAGUUGGAUUUGCAGCUGAGAAUAUUGCAAGAUGGGUUGCUGAAAGGACAGAUAUACAGAUCCGAGUGUUCCGCCCACCGAAUUAUUCUGGCCUGCUUGCAUUAGUGGUACUCCUAGCAUUAGUUGUUGGACUACUCUACCUACGUAAGAACAACCUUGACUUCCUCUACAACAAAACGACAUGGGCACUUGCUGCUUUGGCUUUCACCUUUGCCAUGACAUCAGGGCAGAUGUGGAAUCACAUUCGUGGUCCUCCAUUUUUGCAGAAGACACAGGCAGGCAACAUUGCUUACAUCCAUGGAUCAUCUCAAGGGCAGUUUAUAGUUGAAACAUACAUUGUUGCAAUCCUCAAUGCAGCUGUAGUCUUGGGAAUGAUUUUGAUGACAGAAGCAGCCAAUAAACGAGAUGAUGUCCGGAAACGUCGCAUCUAUGCGAUUAUUGGGUUGGGACUUGUUGCAUUCUUCUUCUCUGUUUCGUUGUCCAUCUUCCGUUCAAAAGCGCAUGGAUAUCCCUACAGUUUUCUCCUGAAGUAAACAUCAAGUUUUCAAGAAGUAGGCGACUGGUAGUGCCUGUUACAUUCGUCAUAACAUUUUUUUUCCAAUUGUUAAAUUCAUAUUAUGUGAUAAUUCAUGCCAGACAUUAAAUGAAUAUCCUGAUACAUUGCUGUUUAAAAUAAGGCUUAUUUGUGAAUAGGGUAGCUUAUCUAGAGGCCUUACAUGCUUGCAAGACAAAAUUGUCAAAACCUAAAAGUCUUGAUUAGUUUCCUGUGACCGGUUUGUUCGUACUGUUUGAAACUAGUACCAGUUCAUGAAAUAAUUCCAUCUCAUAACAUAUUUUUGUCAUCAUGAUCAUCACAGUAAAGACCUAAGGUUCUAUAAAUAUUGUAAUAUAUAUAUGAGAGUAAUUUAUAACAGUGCUGUGGCAUAGUGUAUGCUUAUUGUGUGAGUAACUGCACUGAAUUUUAUAUUCUACUUUCUUCCUCAUUUUUCUUCACAUUCCGAACUGAUGGAAUAUGGAACAGUACAGCCAUGUUUUACAGCAUCACUUUCCACACCUCUUUUGUCUUUGAGCAUCUCCCACACUUUCUGUAUCCCUUGUAGCAUGGCCUUUCUUUUCAUGCUGUGUAGAGUGGCUGGAGUUUAGUUGCUGAUGCUUCAUCCCAGCUGAGAUUAAUUACCGAAUAUAUUGACUUGAGGUUCUUCACUAGUAUGAUUAAGGAACAUUAUUUUUUGUUGAUGAAUUUAUGAUGAUUUAUGUAAUUGAGGAUAAGUGCUCCUUUUGAUUUAUAAAAUUGUUUAUCUGUACACCGUUCAUUCUAUGUAUUGUCACUGUACACUACAAGAAUGGAUUUAAUGUUUUGGUUUGUGGGUGACCAUAAGGCUUAUUUUGUUUAUUCAUUACAAGUGGUGUUUUAUUUUCUACAAAAAUGCAUGAUUUGUGGUACUUGUGUAAAUACGUAUUAACUUUGGAAUACCCUUCUCUUCUUAGGAAUAAAAUUGAAUAUUAAUACCUUUAUGCUUGUCAGGAGUUAAUAAUGCUUUUUCCUAAAUUUGAAUAGCUAAACUCGGCUUUAGUAAUUUUUCAUAUGACCCAUCUCUGCUGUAGCACAUCUCCAUUUCUUCCGUCCAUCUACAUCCUGUAGGCUCCUUCACAAAAUUCCUCGGUUCCUUGCAAAAUUUGGAUUUACUUUUUGAUCAUGCAAAGAGGUUGUGGUUGAGUGACUUUUGUGAGUGGGAAAAAUUUCCUUCUAAAUGGCUUACUGUGUAAUGUCUGUUUGUGACGUGUUUUUUUAAUUUUGUGUGGGAUUUGAAAUCUUGUGAGAUAUCUGCUCAGGGGUAAUCCUUGAUCUUCCAGGAUACAAGUUUUCGCUACUGCUUUACAAGCUGCUAUUUAACCUCAAUAAUAAUUUUACCCUCUCAUAUGCUGUAUAUUGGUAGAGAGUGACCCAAUCAGAUUUAUUCAUUGAACAGUGAGGGCUCUUGAAUUUAUAGUUCUAGUGUAAAAGUAUAAAGUGCUUAGCCGUGUCUUCAAUUCUUGCAUAAUAUAGGUUUUCGAAAACGUAUCUUAUAGUUACUGUAAAUUUCCCAAAGCUUUUAAACAGCAUGCUGAUAUAAUCCACCUGUUUUCGAAUCAUCUUGUAUUGUUAACUCGAGUUAGUGUCAUCAGUCCUCUCUGAAGUAUUCUGAAUAAUUCUCUUUAAGGCUAUUUCAUAUCAUUGACUGUGUGCAUCCUUGAGAAUGUUUUGUUGCUUGAAUAGAUUAUGGUAUUAUCAUGCUAAAUGCCUACGUGUUACUUUUGUAUAUUGACUUAUUGUGGACUUGAAGGGAGCACAAAUUUGGAUAAUGUCACUUCAACGUAGUAAAAAGGUCCAACAGAAAGAAGAGUAGUACUGUACUGAGUAAGAAAGUUGUUGUGCACACAGAGACCAUUUUGUAUCUUUGGAAGAGGGGUGCAGAUAUAACAGUUUGCAUGAUCCCACACUUAGAUUAAAAAUAAUUGGCUGUUUGCAGGCUUAUAGCUUCUUACAUUUCCCUUUAUCUGUAUAGAAUUUACUGUUCUUUGAUAAUGAGUUUAUCUCUCCCGUGGUGUUUGUACGAAGGUUGCGAGUCCAACGUUUUGUAACUGCUGUGAACUUUAAUAAAUUACUAUAAGUU